GCAGUAAUUUUGUUUUUAUCCCUCCGAUAGUCCCGAUUACUUAGCCACUGUCCUAAUAUUAUUUAUAGGAUUUUCUUUAAAUUUCACAUCUGUGUUGUUGCACGAUCGCUUUAAAAUGCCGUAAAUUGGUUGACGAAGUUUGGCAUAAUAUUCCAUUUUAGGAUAAUUGAAGAUAAUAACAUUAACAGACAUGGCAACAGAGAUAAGUCAAAGCAAAACAAUCUGCAUUCUAGCUGUUGUAGCAGGAUGUUUUGCCAUUCUAUGGCCAUCUUUAUUUUAUCCAAUGCUAAAAGGAUCAUUUGCGCCUCCGACGCACACAGGCUGUUGCAAUGUGUUGUCUAGUACGGACGUGAAUAUAGUUAAAAUAGUAACGGAUAUAUGUGCUCGUGUAAUUGAAACAACGGACAAAAAAACAAAAUUGGAAAAAUGUCGUCAGGAAAUUUUCAACACAUGUGCAAUCAAUAUAACUGAUUUAACCAAUGAAAAUAAGGUUGGAAAAAUUACACAUAAUAAACGUUUAAUUGAUGAAAUAAGAUCCUUGAAUGGAUCUCUAUGUCUAAAAUAUCAUUAUGGAGUUUCCUUGACAAGUUUAGGGGUUACACAUAGACUUAAAGAAAGCGAUCCUUUAAUGAAUAAUAUUUACCAAGAAAGAACUCCUGUUCACUUAAGAGCCUCCAAAGCUUCAAUGCAUCCAGCAUUAAUGGAAAAAGGACGGGCAAUUCCUCAACCUCAUAUUGGACCUAGACAUGGCAGUGCAACUCCUCAUAGUUUUAAACCACCAAUUCCAGGUUCAAGACCAACAAUGGGAGGUAUGGGCGUUGCUAGUAAUAAAAUUACUGGAGGAGAUGGUGGUAGUGCUAUGAAUAUACUAAUGCCCAUGUAUACGAUUGGAAUUCUUCUUUUUUUUGUAUAUACUAUGAUGAAGUUGUUGUCGAAAAAAGACGAAGUUGAAGAUCCUAUUGGUGAUAAAUAUUCUUCACAUUAUCCUUGUAACAGAGAUAAUAAUUCAAAGCUACAGCCGCAGAAUCUUCCUACAAAAUUAGGAUUCAUUGAAAAGGAUACGAGGGAUUUAGAAAUAGAUGCGCUCCGUCGCAAGCUAGAAGAAACAGAAGCUGCGAUGGAACGCAUUGUUAAGCAAAUGAUAUUGGCGUCUGAGUGCAAUGGGAUGGAUGGGAAUAAGGAGUUUAAAAAUGAAAAUAUUGAUGAAGGAGAAUGUCUGACAAAUACAAUAUCCAAUGACAAUGUAAAUGAUAAGAUUACCACUAAAAAGUCUGCUCCGUCAGAAGAAUCAGAAAGUAUUAAGUCUUUAAACAUUUCUGAACCAAACGACGAAGAUACUACAGAUUCAGAAAUUUCCGUAAAAAAAAUAAUUCAAGUAGUUAAUAUGGAAACAUCUGAAAGUGUUGGUGGGGGUCAUUGUUGGACUCCGACUGAAAAAGAGAAAAUACCGUCAAAAUGUAAAAUAACAUCUAUAGAAGAACCCAUUUCUCUACUUAUUCCUGGUAUGAUUCCUAAGAACUCUCAAGUUUUAAUAAGCGAUGGUCCACACAACACUCCCUUAGAAACUGAAGAUCACGAAGCAGUAAUUUCAAGCAAAGUUACAUUAUCAUUAAUACCCGAUGAUCGGAUAGAAGAAUACCUGACUAGUGAUGAAGCAGAAGAUGAUAAUACUACUUCAACAUUAUCAAACAUUAAGUAAUAUGACAAAAAAUGAAAACAUAACCAUACGAUUUUCUUAUAUUUAAUAAUAUAUGACGAGUAAAUAAACUAAACGUACGUGCACGAUUUAAAAAUAGAUAUUGUUUUGGAACUUGACAAAGAGUAAUUAAUGUGGGAAUAGGAAUGGAAGUUUUUAAUUGCACAUUUAUAAUGCACUUUAAUAUUUUGUGGUAGAUUUUAAUUUUAUUACUAUAUACAUGAAUGAGCCAUUGUGUAAUAAACAUUUCAAUGUAUGUUAACAGAUAAGUGAUUAUAUGAUCAGUAUUUAAGUAUCUAGUUUGUCAAUUUAUAAGUCCAUUUUUUUUUUAUAUAUUUAAAGUACCAACUUUAGACUGAUAAUGUUGCCAAAUGUUUAGCAAAUAUUACUUGAAUUUAUUGUUCUUUACCUAUAAUAAAUAUUUUAUGUGUCAAAUCAAAAGAACUAUAUUUCUGAGCAGAGCAACGAAUUUAUUAAUUUUACAAAGAUGUGAUUUUUUUUUUUCUAUUUAUUUUGUUGAUAUAAUUUUUAAGUUUUGUUAAAAUAUUUUAAUCUUAAGCUGUUAUAGUGGAUUCUCGUAGCAAAUUGGUACUUUGUGGUUAAAAAGUACUUUUUUAGAGUAACAACUUCCUGGUAUUUUAUGAAAAUAAUCGGUAAAAACAAGAGAUACAAUUGAGAAAAACGGGAAUUUUUACUACAAAUCUGAUUUCAACUAAAUAGUUUUGUUUUAAAUUGUGUAUUUGAUCUUACUGAAGUUUGCCUAGGUGUGUUUAUACACUUGAGCCGGGCCUGCUACUGUGUGAAGUAUAAAUAAAAUGGAGCAGAAAAUAAA